CUUGAAUAAAUGCAUGUUUACCAUAAAGUUAGAGAAUCAACUAGAAAGUGUCUAGUCAUGGUUCUCGAGUGCAUAUGCAGUGAUUGAGCUUCUAUCUCAUUUUGUCACAAGGAGAAUUUGUUGCUAGUGAAAGCAGACGAAAAGUCCAGGAUGCCUCUUCUCGAGAUCUUCACCAAUGUUAAGUCAGAUGCCAUUCCAGAUGGUUUCUUAAAGAAUCUCAAUUCUGUCUGGCAGAAGGCAAUCGGUAAACCAAUGCAGUACAUGUGUGUCCGUCUGGCCCCCGGUGAGACGAUGAACUUCGGUGGAACUGCGGAACCUUGUGCUCUCCUCAAUGUGAGGUCAAUAGGAAAUUUGGGAAAGGAAGAAAACAAUGCUAUCUCAAAGGCUCUUACUGCAGAGAUGGGCAAGCUCGGUGUGGCCCCUGAUAGGAUGUAUGCCGUUUUUACAGAUAUAUCACCGCAAGAUGUCGGUUUCAAAAACACAACGUUCGCAUUUCUGGCUUGAUCUAUACUGACGAAUCUUCGGAGCAGCCCGGAGUUCGCCAACUUUCAAUUUGAUGGAUUCACGACGGCCGUCUCCCUUCAACUCAGUUUUCUAUAUAUCAAGAGACUAAUCUCAAACGGGUUUUGAGAAGUUAUUAUAAUAUGGUUGAAUCUAAAUAUGUUAGAUGCCUGAUUUAGGUUUAUAACACACCGAUCACUCAUGCGCACGUCACUCGGUGCAUUUUUUUUUUUGGGGGGGGGGGGGGGGGGGCAGAAAUGACGAUUCGAUUACGACACAAUGCUUUCUUUACGAUGCUUUAAUGAUUAUCUCAUCAUUUAGCAUCCAAAAUGCACGGUCAGUAUUAUUAGUAAUGAUGAUUUUUGCAAUGUGAAUCGCCUAGAACAAUAAUUAAAUGUUUUUAUGUCUAAAUCUACAUGAUC